UCUCCUGUCGCACAAGAACAUUAAAGUUCGUCGUUCGUGGACGGCUGCCGAGAUGUCGAGGGACGCCAACGCCGACAAGAAAAAGAAGCGAAUUUUGAAACCUGACUCGGUGAUAGAAACCAAAAAAACUAAAAUACAAGAUGGUGCAUCUUCGAAGGACCAUGAGAGCCUGCUGUUUCAUGCUGAGGAGGAAGAGGCAGAGGCGAGAGAUGCAGAGCAAGAUGUACAACUGUUUAAAUCAGCCUGCAGUUCCAUUCGUGACAACAUGAAGUUUAUCCAAGGCAUGAAGAAGCAAAAAGCAGGUGCUGAAGAUUUGGAGGCAAAGAAAAUAGAUGUGUCACUGCAGUUUGUGAUGUUGAAAAAACUGAACCGUCUUGCCCAUUUCCGAUGCCGAAGAGCUAGAGAAGCAACUAAUGAGGCUAAACAACAGAUUGAGAAGUAUCACCUUCAGCUGCAGAACUUGCUGUAUGAGACGAUGCACUUACAGAAGGAAAUCACAAAGUGUCUAGAGUUCAAAUCUAAAGAUGAAGAAGUGGAACUUGUGACUGUUGAUGAGUUCUACCGUGAUGCACCUGAACGCAUUUCACGGCCGAAGAUCACCAAGGAAGACCCUCAUCAGCUGACACUGGCACGCCUGGAAUGGGAGCUUGAGCAGAGAAAGGAACUUGCUGGCAAGCUGCAGGAGGCUCAGUUGUGCAAAGAGAAGAUAAGCCAAGAAAUCCGCAGCAAGGAAGACUAUCUUGACACUCUUCAGCCUAAGCUUAUUUCCAUCUUGGAGGCCACAAAGCCAGUACAGAAUUACCUCAAGAUGCCAUAUGAUGAAGUACGGGAACAGCACCAGACGGCUCGACACUUGCCUCUGCCUCUAUAUGUCCUCUACAUGCAGGGAAGUGCAUACCAGCAGGCAUGUGAUAAAUACCUGAGGGUUAAUGUGGAGGGGGAUGUCAAUGCUGCCAAAUCUCUGUCCCUAGAGAUACCUGAACCAGAUGAUGACAGUGACAGUGACCAGGAUGACCAAGAUCAGGAGAAAAGAAACUCUAAACGUAGGCGUAAAACAGUAGAGGCUCGUUUGUGUGACAAGAAACAGAAAGUCAUUUGCAAGCACCCACUGUCUGUUACCAUGGAAAUCUCUGGCAAAGAGGGCAGCACUUUACAUCUGACAUUGAGCUACCUCCCAGCACUCAACAUCAUUACAGUUGGGGUCAACGUCCUUCCCAGCAAAGAUGUUGUGACAAGCUGUAUCACUGGAGGAGACCUUUUGUCACCACAAUCAAUACUUGAUGAACUUUACCCUGGAGACCAUGGGGAGACAACUCCUAACCCUGCCAGCCAGUAUGAGCUGGGGCGCUAUGGCAUGGGAGACUUUAGUCAGUAUGUGGCACAGCUGGGGCGACCCUAUAUAUGGGCACAAUGGCUUGGUGGGCUGCAGUUUUUGGAGAGCUGUGAACUUGAGGGAGCAUGCUGUAGUGCCCAGGUCCGUCCAAACACAUCUGUCAGUGCCACCUACAUGCAGCAGACCAUCAAGCGGCUGCGUCAGCGACUGAAGUCACGACUUGGCCUGCUGCAGCAACUGGCCUCCCUAGAACGGGGCAUUGUGUCAAUCUCCGGACCUGUGCUGAAAACGUUCCCCGUCAAGGUCACUUCACAGCUCAUGUCGUGGAAGAGAGUAACUCACAGUGAUUUUGCUGUUCUUCCUCAUGCAAAGGCCAUCCUGGAUGCUGGGUUUGCCAAUAAAAAUGACCUGUACUUUCUUGCCAUCUUGGAGAGAGGAUCAGCCAGAUUAUCAGCUCAUGUAGUGGUCAGUGUUGACUAUCCUGAGGUAGCGCCUGUGUUUGUUACCAGUGUGGCAUGGCAAACACAGAGAACAGCAAUAAAUGACAUCCACAUCAAGGAGAUGGAGGAGGAGGUAAACGUCCACUACGCUGAGCUCACUGUGGACAAGUCUCAGGAACAGCUCUUAUCCUGUCAGUUGCAGCGCUUGCUGGUUUGCUUUGAUGUUUAUUUGGAGACAGAAGUUGUGGAUGUGUCAGCACCCGUGGAGAUUCCAAAAGAAAAGGUCAUCCCUCGUGUGUGCAGAGGACCUGGGCGAAACAAACCCUACAGAUACGUGCCUGAGCUGGCAAUCUUCACCCAGAGAUAAUAAUUCUACAUCAGCCAUCUCUAACUACCAUCUGGGCCACCACAGAGAAAAGUUUCAUCAGACAUCUCAUUGAGCUAUUAUUAUGGUGACCAUGGACCAUGAGCAUUGCCAGAUAUUUGUCAUCACUAUGAUCAUCACAGACAUACAUUGUUUUCCUAAAACCAAGAUAACCUUUAGUUAGUCCAUUUGGACAGAUCACAAAGACCGAUUCAGUGAUUGUCUGAAUUUUGCAAUUUACAUCAUUCACUAUAUGUGUGCAAAAAAAAAAAAAGAAAAUAAUAAUAACUGGGAAAAAUGAUUGCGCCACUGUGUCGGAGGGGUUAGGGUAGGAUGAGUGGUGCACUGAUCUAAACAUUCACCUUGUGACCUACUUAUGUCAGAUUUCUUUAUAUUUAUGUCAUUUGAAUGUUGGUUUACAGUUUACAAAAUUUACUGUCUGUAUAAAGCAAAAUAAAUAUGGCAGAUCUCGAAGAUGCCUAAAA